GAUUCGUUUGGUUGAUUGGAAGUCAUGGAGUAAUGUAGUUCAAUUGAUUUGAUUUCAUCAGAGUAGCUCAUAAAAAUAACCAUGCAUUCAUAUAUGAAAUAUUUCUUUCGUAUUUUCCCUGUGGAUCUUUAUGAACGUAAAUCUAGAUGACGACAACGACAUUGUAGAAAGAGUGAACUAUUAAACCAUUUACAGUGAUUGAUAAACAUGUCAGAAGAACUGACCAAACUCGCCAAAUUGGCAAACAGCGCUGCGGGGGACAGUGACCUUGAGCUGAAGCUUAACACUUCGUUAGCUUCACCCAAGAUGAGAGCGCUACACCUCAAGGAUGAGAUUGGACCGCUUGGGCCACCUGGACCUCCUGGACCACCUCCAGGAGGGAUGAAAAUGGAGGAGAAACCUAUGAAGAUGGAAUUGGGAAGUAAGAACACUCAAGGGAUGAUGAGAUUGGACCAUAUGAAAGGAGGAGGGGGAAUGGAUAUGAAGGUGGAUGGGAUUGCCGCGGUGAUGAAGAAGGAGGAGGACGAUGCGGUGUUUCUCCGGGAUGGGCAGAUGAACCAGGUUAAUAGUCAGAUGAAUAAUCAGAUGAUGAGCAACGGACCACAGGAUGAUAAAGGUAUGAAUAUGCUACAUCGGCAGGUGGGAGGCUACCCACAUCCCCCAAACUUCACAAUGCAAGACUCGCAGCACAUCUACACGUUCUCAACGCUGCUAGCCAACAGGGCCGCCCAGGCAGUCUACACCGGUCAGACUGAUUCCAUUCUGGCCUACCAUAGAGUCCAGUCCUGCAAGAGGAAGUUCUUAGAUCCAGAAGAGGAUACUGGAGCAGCUCCUAACCAUUCAGGAAACACUGGUCCCGGCACACCUCAACAGAACAAUACACAACAAGGGGUAGAUGGGACUACAGUACAAAGUGCCAAUGGCCAAAAUGGCAAACCAGGAGCCAUUGAUAGUAGUAUGGAUGGUGCUAGAAAAAGCAUUGAUAGUUUGAAAGGAAAGAACCCAGGAACACCUCAAAGUGUCCAAGAAGGAGUGGAAGGGAGCGAAAACUCAAGAAAGACGCCGCUUGAGAGCGGCACGGGGGGCGGGGGAACAACUACGACCAAAGGUAACAAGAAACGCAAGAGACCAAAUUCGUCGUCGCAACCGCUUCAGGCGAACCUUCAAGGUGGCGGCCCUGGAGGACCAAUGCAACAGGGCAUGCCACCAAGUGGGCCAAGCUUUGGACCGUAUGGACCGGGGGCAUAUCGACCAGGGUUCCCGCAUCAGAACAUGCCAAUGCGCCCCGCGAUGUCGUCGCAGUCGUUCCACAAUCAGCCCUCCACAACUGAAACCGAGAACCUUGAUCCCAGCGCGUUGUGGGAGAAUCCGCCCAACGUCAAAAAGACAAUGACCACCACCAUGGCACCGUCCUUCCCACCCGACAUGUCACCUAUGCGGAUGGCAUCACCUAACCCCGCCAUGAGGUCGCCGAGUGCAGGACUCGUCCUCGGAAACGAGAACAUGGUGCCGCCCUCCGGCCCGCAAGGUCCACGUCCCUUCAUGAGUCCUUCCCAUCCAUCCCAGUCUCUCCCAGCAUCGCCCGUCAACCCUUAUGAUAUGCCGAACUACAAACCACCGCAGCAGAUAGACAACCCAACGCCGGAGCAGUUGCGGCAUCGGCAAGAAAGGUUGAGGACUCUCAAAGAGAUGCAGAAGCUCCUGUUUCCUGAAGAACAUGGCAGUAUGUCUCCAUCACCUGGAAGAAUGAUGUCACCUAUCGGGAUGCCUCCUCCUCCUCAAGAUCCUAUGGCACAGCAACCUCAAGCGAUGAUGUCACCGGGUGGAGGUCCCAUGAUGCGCCCCAUGGGCCCCAGCGGUCCUAUGAUGGGGCCAGGUGGACCCGGAGGACCACACUCUAUGAUGCACCAAGGUAUGGGACCAGGAAUGCAUCCCCGGAUGCCUGCCCAGGAUGGUAUGAGGGGUAUGAGCCCUGACCAACGCAUGAUGAUGGCCAAUUCUGGGAUGAUGAUGCCCCCUCUCCCUCCAGACUGGGAAAACAUGUCUCCUGCCCAGCGGGAAUGGUACAAACUACAACAAGAAUUCUACCUCGAUAAACGACGCAAAAUCAUGGAAGACCAAGCCAAGAUGCAAGGACGCAUGUCAGAUUUUCCUCCUGGGGCCAUUGGUCCUGGGCACGGCCCUGGACCAAUGAGAGGAGAGCCGAUGAUGAGUCCACAUCAUCCAGGCAGUGGAGGAUUCCCAGGGGAUGUGAUGGGCAUGAAUAUGGGUCCACCACCGCCUUACCCUGCGGGACCUGGUCCAGGGCCGAUGAGCGGAGGACCUCCGGGGCCUGGUCCCGUUCCUGGACCACCGUCGCACGGGAUGCAGAGGAGAGCUAGUAUGUCAGGGCCGAUGCCGCCUAUGGGACCUGGAGGACCAGGUCCAGGGAUGGCAGGUGGACCGGGCGGGCCUGGUGGGCCAGGAGGGCCAUCAGGUCCAGGAGGUAUGGGAGGUCAGAUUGGUCCAUUUCCAGAGACACCGCAUAUGCCAUCACCACGCACUAAUCGCUCCAGUUCAGUACCGGGUAUGCAGAGUGGGUCAUCGCAGCCUCCGAUGAGUGCAGGACCUGGACCAAUGAACUCAGGCAACAUGCCUCCAGGGCCACAAGCUGGUCCAGGUCCCGUUAGUUCUGCCAGCUCCAUGUCCAUGGCCAUGUCUCCUCAUGCACCUGUUGGCAGUCCAAUGAAAUCAGUUUACAGGGCCCCUACUCCUACAAGCGCAAACACAUCGGCCAAUCAACCACCCCAACAGAACACUGAUCCAAUUAUGAGUUCCAUGGUGAGAACGCCAGGAAGCGUUGGUCCGGUGGAACAGUCACCAAGGCCAAAUCAACCAGGUACCCCUGCUGCCAUGGACAACCCUGUAGUCCUACCAAAUGUCUCAUCUGUCAAUACCCCAAAUACCUCCCAGCCUGGUACGCCAAACUCUGUUGUGAACAACACCAUGUCAACAUCAUCUGUACUGCCACCUACCACAGCUCAUAGUAAUGGGUCACAAAGUAACACAUCGGGUGGAAAUAGUAACGUUUCAAAUGCACCGCCUCCCGCAACCUCAAAUAUCACCAGUGCACCAUCCUCUACCAGUUCUGCAGGAAGCACAAGCACAGCGGCAGGCAACGCUGCAGAUUCUGGGAAGCCUAUGGAUGUCCAAUCCCAGCAGCGUCUUGUCAAUUUUCCACCAAGCCAACUUAACCGGGACAAAGCACCAAAUUUCCCACCCCGUGGUGAAGACCUGCAGCAAUACGCAUCCACGUUCUACCAAAAGACUGUUAAGGAGCCGCCCAUGAAAGGUCCAGGGCGGUUACAGCAUUUUGGGUCGCCACCAAUGAACAGUCCAAUCAACACGGACAUGCCGACGAUCGGCUCACCAUCGAGUGGGAUUAUGUCUCCGGGUGUGAUGAUGACGUCACAGUCUGGGAUGAUGCCUCCGGGUGGGAUGCCAACACAAAGUGGAAUGAUGCCACAUGGGAUGGAGGGAGGACAAGGACCACCACCGGCCCAACAGGGUGGUCCCAUCAUGGGUCCAGGACAUAGUCCAAGUGGUCCUGCAAUGAGUGGGGGAGGAGCGGGACCACCUGCUUCAUCCGCUAUGAUGAAUCCACGUAUGGCAGCACCACAACAGAGCAUGCAGUCACCCAUGAUGCAAGGUCAAGUACCUAUGCAAGGACCUAUGGUGUCAUCAGCGCGGAUGCAGCAACCAGGAGGGAUGAUGUCGCCUCAGAACAGCAUGAUGCCUCACAACAUGCCACCGCACUCCGGGAUGAUGUCUCCAACCAUGGGUCCAGUCGACAUGAUGGGGCCGCAGGGGAUUCCGAUGUCUCGAGAGCAGCGGAUGAUCAUGUCACAGUCGCGGAUGAUGUCCCAAGGACAUCCCAUGAUGGAAGGUGGUCCCGGGCCGAUGCCAGGCGGUCCUGGCAUGAUGGGGCCGCAUCCAAUGGAACGCGGAAUGAUGCAGGGUAUGAACAAUUUUGAGCCUGGGAUGAGUCCAGGCAUGCAUCCAAAUAUGAUGAGAUUCUCAGGGCCUAGAGGGAUGCCUAGCAGUGGGUUCAUGGAAGGUGGCGGCAUGCCCUCUGGCCCUGGUAGGACUAACAUGCCACACCCUGGUAUGAUGGGGAUGGGAAUGGGUCAGGGUGGGCCUGAGAUGGGUGUCAUGGGGGGCAUGGAGAGAAACAUGGGACCUACCACAUCAGGUGGCCAAGCCAAUAGCCCUCUCUCGUUAUUACAAAGUAGAUUCUCCCCGCCGUUAUUACCAGAUGGAAAAGGACCAAAACAAACUCUUCAGUAUUUCCCAGCGAAUACGAAUCAAGGCAGCGGGCAGGGCCAGUCCGGCAACCCGCAUGUGAACCCAGGAACCGGUCCGUCCCCCGGGCAGGGCCCCAAACAAAUCGAGCUUCCGUUCCCGGUGGAGAUGGUCACGGGGGGUAUGAACCCCGGAGGUAUGAACCCAUCGUUCUCGCGUGGUCCUGGUGCAAUGGGACCUGGACCUCGGAUGUCACCCAUGAUGAACCAGGAGAUGAUGAUGCAUCAGGGUUACGGAAUGGGACCGGGGGGCGGGCCGAACCCGGGCCCUCGUGGACAAGUCCCCGGCCCUAACCCAAUGGGGUAUAUGGGACCAAGGGGUAUGCCAGGAUAUGGCGGAAUGAAUCCAGGAGGACCAAUGGGCCCAGGGGGGCCACCUUACGGGGAUCCGAACUUUGGACCUAUGGGCCCGGAUCCAAUGGGGCCCGGAUUUAACAUGCCAAAGUAAACUUAAAUAUGAAUGAAUGUAUAUCAGUGUCAACCAAAUUCUUGUGAUAUGUACAAACGGUCAUUUUGAUAAAUUGUGUUGUUAUUAUGUGCAGGGUAGCUCUGCUUUUGAACCAUGUAUGCUCUUGGCACAAUCAUGUCACAAUGAGCUAGCUCCAAGCAUUAUAUAUUAUGCCAUUGAAUCGUGGCAAGUCAAUUUAAAAGUAUUCACAUUUUUACAAAUGUACGGAGCAUAAUACGUUAAUAAAUUUAUGUUCAGAGGUAUGAAUGAAAAGUAGAAUUCAUUGCAAGUUUGGAAUAUCAAUUCAUCUUGAUAAACCAGCAUUCAAUUUAGGGGUUCUGUUAAUAAGGGGAUAAUUUUUUUGUUUUGUUUAAUAUUAAAAGCUGUUUUAUUAAGUGCCACAAGUUACAAACAUAAUCAAACAAGAAUAAAAAGAAUAGGUUACCAUAAAUGUUUAUCAAAAUUGUAUUACCACAUAGCAAAAUAACCUUCUUUUAAAAAUUAUACAUUUCAGAGGGAAUAACUACCUGAAGUUGUCAAGGGCCCUCUUUCAUUGAAAUCUUUUAGUCUUGGGAGUUUCAAAACUUCUAUUAUGGUACACAUAAUUUUUUAAAGUAUUAUCUCAAGGGUGUUCAGAUGUAUUUUACAGAUUCUGACACAUUCACCAUUUUCAUGAUUUAUUUUCAUGAUGUGGGGAGGGGGAGGGCAUUUCACAAAGAGUUCAGUCUGAAAAAAAAAUCAUGCUUAAAUACCAAUGCAUGCAUGAUAUAGGACACAUAGUUAAAUUAAUCAAUAUACUGUGGCAUGAAAGAAUUACUUGUCAGACGUUUUAUCUGAGAAGUCUUGUUUUAUCUGACAGUUUCCAUAGGAACUGUGCUCCUUAGCCAAUCAGAAUCAAGGAAAGUUGUCAGAUCUGACAUCUUGUCGGACAAAAAUUUUGAUGAAUCACUUCCCUGAUCUGAUCAAUGCAAAUGAGAAUUUAAAUGGAAGUUUUAGCCAGACUGAAAUCUUUGUGAAUACCCUCCCCCCUCCCUUCUUGAGCUCUAUGAAUGAUUGAACCCAUUUCAUAUAAAUAAAUGGCUCUUGUUCUUUAAAAAAAAAAUAGCUGUAAAACCUUUAAGACCCUUUAAAAAAUCUCUACGCAAGAAAAUUGUGCAGUGAUCUACCUCAAGCAUUUUUGAAGGUUCAAGAAUUACGGGGGGCCGUUUCAUAUAGCUGUUCGUAAGUUAAGAGUGACUUUAAGAACGACUGGUGAACCCAUCUUACGCGCUAAACCAUCGCCAAUUCAAUGUACCAUUUACCACAAGAAAGGAUCACCAGUCGUUCGUAAAGUCGCUCUUAACUUACGAACAGCUUUAUGAAACACCCACCAGGUAUGUUGAAGUAAGAUUUCAAUAUGUUUCAUGAUUUUAUUUUUUUCGUUAUGAUUUACAAGUUCAUUUCACCAGUGAAAAAUAAACUUCAGGGUCUAUUUCAUAGUAAUAAUGAAAAUAAUAAUAUACAACAUUUAUAAGGUGCUUAAUACACAUUGUUUCUAAGCGCUGGAUGCGUAGACAAAUAUGAAUAAGUUGAAGAGUUGGAUUGAAUUAAUGAAAUAAUAUAAACUUGAG